UUUAUUGGCACAGAGAUUUUUAUGAACCUCUGAAGGACAAUUCAUUAGAUUCGACUGAACUUUUCAAUAGAAGAUAAAGAAGAAGUUGUGGAGUUGUCGUCUCUUUAAAAAUGACAGAAGCCACAUAUAUGAACCAGGAGCACGUAGAGUUCCUAACCAAGAAAGAGAGGAGGUCAUCAACAAACAAAAGGUCAUCGCCGAAAAGGACUGGCAUCCUCAUCGGUAGUCUUGUGGUGCUUCUUAUCCUCUUGGCUGUUGCUGGAUUCCUCAUUUGGUUCUUCCUCUUUAAGGACGCUGAUUCCCAAACCACCGUAAGGAAGCAGCCAAAUGUGAGGCUUUUUAGUGGUCACCUUAACAUGGAUGGUAAGAGGUAUUACCAAAAGCUGGAGGAUACAUCCAGCAAAGAAUUUCGUGGUUUGGCUAAUAAAGUAGAGACCCUUCUGGGGGAAUUCUACAAGAAUGAUCUCCUUCUUGCAAAGUAUUACAACAGAUCUGUAGUCACUGCCUUCAGUGAAGGAGUUAUAGCCUAUUACUGGUCCCAGUUUAAUAUUCCAGUCACAAACCUGGAGCUUUUGCCAGAGUUCUCAGAGCAGCGGAUUUCGGAUGCACUGGAAAAAGGCAUUAAGUCGCAAAACCGCGCAAGACACAGUAAUCAAAUCAGGGUUACUGAAAUUACUGCUUCACUCACAGAUUAUCGCAUGGCCAGGAAACCCACAGCAGAGGACUGUUUCUUCCGUCUGGAAGCAGUUAAAGCUGCACAAACCUUUUCAUCUCCAGGGUACCCCAGACACUACCCGCCAAACUCUCAUUGUCAGUGGCAAAUCCGGACCUCAAAAGAGAAUGCCAUAUCAGUUAGUUUUCCAUUUUUCGACAUUGAAGAUGAUUGCAAGGAUGACUUUGUCUCUAUCUUCGACUCUCUGAGUCCUGACGAUUCUCAGGCCAUCACAGUACAAUGCGGCCAAAGGCCUCCCUCUAACCCCCUGAGCGUUGUGUCAUCUGGUAAUAUCAUGUUGAUUAACUUCAUUGCUGACACCAAUAUCCAGAGGAAAGGCUUUCAGGCACAGUACACAAUCAUCCCCAAAACUAAAGCUCAGCAGUGUGGAGGUAAACUCUCUGGAAACAAUGGAAAAUUCACGUCGCCACUUCAUCCAAUCUUCUAUCCUCCUUCCAUGGACUGCAAGUGGACCAUCAAGGUUUCUCAAGGUAAAAAAGUACGUGUGACUUUCAAGAUAUUCAGCAUGAAAGAGCCUAAUGUAGACACUAGCAGGUGUCACAAGGACUAUGUGGAGAUCAUGGGGCAACGAUAUUGUGGGGAUCGAUCAUUCUUAGUUUUGACCAGUGAUUCUAACGUCCUUGAGGUGAAGUUUCACUCUGAUGAGUCCUAUACUGACAAGGGCUUUCUUGCAGAGUAUGAGGCCUUCAAUCAUUCUAACGCUUGCCCUGGUGAGUUUGCCUGCAACAAUGGCAUGUGCAUCGCAAAGAAACUACAGUGUAAUGGCUGGAACGACUGUGGCGACAUUAGUGAUGAGAAAAACUGCCGAUGUAACAAGGACCAGUUUGCCUGCAGCAAUGGUUUGUGUAAGCCAAAAUUGUGGCAGUGUGAUAAUGUCAACGAUUGUGGAGAUGGGAGUGAUGAGAUACAAUGCACUGAUUGCGAACCAAACGAGUGGAGGUGUGGAAAUGGAGUUUGUCUUCCUCAAGAUGUUGUCUGUGACAAUGUAAUGGACUGUGAGGAUGGAAAUGAUGAGGCCACAUGCAAAUCCUCCCCAAAUAUGUGCUCUGACUACAGCUUUAAAUGCGACAGUGGGAAAUGCAUCAACAAGGUGAAUGCUGAAUGUGACCAUGUCAGUGACUGCUCUGAUAAUUCAGAUGAAGCUCACUGUGACUGCGGCAUCAGGCCUUACAAGAUGACACGCAUCAUAGGAGGGCAGAACGCAGACAGUGGAGAGUGGCCCUGGCAGGUCAGCCUUCACUUCAGGACAUCUGGCCAUGCUUGCGGCGCCUCAAUCAUCUCGGAUAGGUGGCUUUUGUCUGCAGCUCACUGUUUCAAAUUUUCCCAUGAACAUGGUCUUCAAGCCAAUUGGAUUACGUACAGUGGAUUGCAGUCUCAGUAUGAGCCAGAGAAAGCUCAGAUGCGUAAAGUGAAGAGAAUCAUCCUCCACCCAUCUUAUGAUCAAGUGACCUCUGACUACGACAUUGCUCUGCUAAAGCUUAGUGAGCCUCUAGAGUUCAGCAACACCGUCCAACCAAUCUGCCUCCCUGCAUCCUCUCAUGUCUUUCCUCCAGGAAUGACGUGCUCGAUCACAGGCUGGGGAGUUACACGGGAAGGAGGGCGCAAGGCGAUUAUGCUUCAGAAGGCAUCAGUGAAACUCAUUAAUGAUGAAGUAUGUAAUAAGUUCAUGGGGGGCCGGGUUACAUCCAGGAUGUUCUGCAGUGGAUUCCUUGAAGGAGGAGUCGACGCAUGCCAGGGAGACUCUGGAGGCCCCCUGGCAUGCCUUGAGGAAAGCGGGAAGUGGUUUCAGGCUGGCAUUGUUAGCUGGGGUGAGGGCUGCGCUCAACGGGACAAGCCUGGAAUCUACUCCCGUGUUAUCAAGUUCAGAGAAUGGAUCAAGGAGAAAACAAACAUUUAAAGAUCAGGAUGAUGUGAGGAGCAGCAGUAAGAAUAAUAGAGUCCUAAAAAUGCUGAACACAUAACAUUUUAGUAUGAUUUUAUUAUGAUUCAGGUCAACUCUCUUUGAGUUUAAUCUCUUUAACAGUCAGGGUAGCGUACUGUUUAUUGGGGCCCAACUGUUGAUAUAAAUGCUUAAAUUAUUUCCUUGCCGAUCUCCCACAGGAACUCCAAAGAACCCUCAUUUUAAACAAUUUUCAAAGGUACCUCUUUCCUUCGUGUUGUUCUUCCAUAUAUUCAAGCAAUAUGUCACUGUUCGAUACUGUCUACAGUAAAAUGUAAAUGAUAAAUGGCCUGUACUUAUAUAGUGCUUUUACAAGUGAGGAGACUUAACCUAAGUACUUUACACUACAUUCAGUCAUUCACACACACACUCAAAAACUAAUGCUGGCAAACUACAUUGUAGCCACAGCUGUCCUUGGGCUCACUGGCAGAAGCGAGGCUACCGUUCAUUGACCAUCCAAAGUAGGCAAUGCGGGAGAAGUUUCUUGCCAAGGACACUGAAAGCUGGUGCCGCAUCUAGUGCAUCUGACACCUCCAUCGCCCCAGUAAGAUGGAGGUGUCUCUGAAUCCAAAUGGUUGUUUUGUUUUACCUUUUCAAACAUCUGUCUUGGCCUUAUCAACAUUGAGGUUUUUUUUUUUUUCUAUGUGCAUCCUAUAAAAAAAUAUUUUAUUUGCAAGAUAGUUUUGUUUCACUUAUUCAAACUCAUUUCAGUAGCUUUUCUGAUAGCAAAUUAAUCUUCCAUAAUACUGUCACUGCCUUAAAAUUUAAAUAUUAUUAAAGAUACAGACCUAAGCGGAAAUACUAAAACUGACAUUAUCAGUUGGGAAAAAUGAACCAUCAUUCUUAUGAUUGCUGUUUAUGUUAUAAGAAUGUAUAAAUACCAAGAGCUGGGUGGAAUGGAAGCAAUAUUUUUGCAUUAAUCAGUAAUGUUAAUUAGGAAUGUUUGAUUAGGAGAAUGCUCCACCCUUUAAAUAUGACAUAUGGUUUUUUGCUGGGCCAAACUAGGUAAAAACUGCAGCUUGUUAUUUCCCAUCAAUCUUUUUGUUAUUGUUUUUAUACCUGCUUGUUUACUGACUUUUGCCUUAACUUGUAAAAAUUUAGAUACAAUUUGAUAUGUGGAGGUGGAACAGUAGAUCCAACUAGCACAGGUCUCCGAUUAAAGCUUGGGAUAAUAGGAGACUUUUGAAGCAGAAGGUCAAGAGUUAAACCAAAGAUAAUGAUAUUUCUAAUAACAACCGAUCUGACAGGAUAGUUGAUCUUAUGUCUGACAUGUUUUGAAAAAUUGGUAAAACGUAAGUGUAAAUGUUUAUUCUUUUAAAGUAUUAUGGAAGACUAGACUUGAGCUGGUUUGUAAAUGUUUGUGCAAUAUCUUAGCAUAGAAAAAAGCUAAUAUUUUACCUUUUAUUUUUUUAAAUCAUUAAAGCAUGAGUUGUCUCUUAAAUAAUCGAACAUACUAAUUGUUAUACUUAAGUAGCAUAAAUCCAGCUUUACUUUAACCUCUAUACCUUAAUUAUGAUUAACAGGUUAUCCCAUAAGGGAGAUGUGGUUAUUUUUCAUAUUUCCAUUCUAAAUGGUGUGACCAUUUGUUUGCUUUUGGUUUUUUUAUAAGAUUAUUAUGUAAAUAAACUUUUAUCUGACUGUGAAAUGUCUUAAUACUGUGUGUCACCUGCUUUAC